AUGUCCUGCCAGCAGAACCAGCAGCAGUGCCAGCCCCCGCCCAAGUGCCCCUCCCCCAAGUGCCCCCAGAAGAGCCCAGCACACUGUCUGCCUGCGGCCUCCUCCUGCUCUGCUCCCAGCUCUGGGUGCUGCUCUGGCCUCAGCUCCAGCUCCGAGGGAGGCUGCUGCCUGAGCCCCCACAGGCGCCGCAGGUCCCACAGGUGCAGGCUGCGCAGCUCGGACUCCUGUGAUGGUGACAGUGGGCGGCAGUGCGGGGGCUCUGGCUGUGGCCACAGCUCUGGGGGCUGCUGCUGA